AUGAUUCAAAGUGUCUUGAAAUAUUUAAAUGAAGUAUACGGAAAGCAAAAAAAGUAUGGAUUUAAAAUCAUCGAAAGCGACAAUAGCCAGGAUACAGAUAGAUAUAUAGAAUUAGAAAACGGCGAUUGCGUAAAUAUCGUUGGGUAUAAUUAAGGAAAUAGAUGUCUUAAAAAUAAUAUUCAAAGCUUUUAAUGGAAAUAAUUAUUUUUCAGCAUCUAUGGGUUUUUCACAAGAGUUUAGAACAUAUUUUUAUGCAUUACUAUAUUGAUUUGUAUUUCACUUGACUAAGAAAAUCUUCCAACAGCAUACAAUUAGAGUGAAAUCGUAGUCUGUCUUUCUAUACCUCUUCUAUUAGAUAUUUUUGUUAUUCUUUUUAAAGAAGCUAACUACUAUAGUAAAUAAAGAAAAUACGAUUCGUAAAUAAACGACUCUAAUGAAUGUCAAAAGCUAGUUAGGUUUAAAAAUGCGAAAUUUUAAAAUUAAGAAAACAUUGAAAUUUUAUAAAAUGUUAAAUGGGGUAACCUGUAAGUUGGAGAUAUUAUUUUUUUAAAAAGAGACGAUUACUGUCCUGCUGAUAUACUUAUUUUAGAUAUGUGGGAUUAAAAAUGCACCAUAAAGACAUCUUUUCUUGAUGACCAAUCAAAAGAUUCAAUUAAAUAUGCACCUUUAUUGACAACAAUAUCAAAGGGCUCAUCGAUUAAAGGAAAUUUGUUAGAAUAUAGACGUAUCCUAAGUGGUAGAAUUGAUAUAAAAAAAACUAAUGACAUCUAUAAUUUUAGGGGUUAUUUAAGCUUAAAAAAGGAUCCUAUAAGCGAAAAGUUUGGAAGCAGCAACCUUAUACAAAAAUAUUCUUAGAUAAAAUUUACAGAUUGGUUAGUAGGAAUAGUUGUUUUGUGUGGUAAUGAUAGCUAUUCUUUUAGAAAAUCUGCAUUUGAUUAAAAAGAAAAAAUAAGAAGAAAUAGCUCUUUUUUUAAAAGAAAGUGGGAUCUUUAGACUGCAAUUUAAAUAUUAAUGAUAUGUUUUUUUAGCAUAAUAGUAAUAAUUUUAAGAAUAAGUAUGGUUUGCUUUAAAAGCUUACAGUUCAAGGGAUAAAUGAUCCCAAUAGCAAUUGAUUUUGUCUUCACUUUUCCUCUUUACUAUAGUGUUAUCAAUACACUUUGUUUUAUAUUUUAUACAAUAUUAAGUAGUUAUUUAUAUAAAGUAUCAAACACAACUCUUAACUAGAACAAAAGUUUUGACCUGAAUUUCUUAAAUUCUUAUAGUGAGAUGACAUUAACAAGCCACGUGAUUUUUAAUUCUUUUAAAAUAUAAAAUUCUAAGUUAAAAAACAUUUCAACAAUAUGUCUAAAAGAUCGUUAUUUUAAAAUGAAUGAAGAAAAUUAUAGCAAUUAAAUUAUUAAAAGCAAUAAUACAGUAUUUAGAGCUAAAUAAUCAAAUACCAAAAACGAUUUCUCUGAUGAAUUUUCUUUACUUCAGUCUCCUAUAUCAAGUGUAUAGUAAAAAUCUAAUUCAAACAAGAUUAAUUUAGGAUCAAACUACAGUAAUCCUGAAUGUUUACUUUAAAAUCAAAGCAAGAGAAAUAAAAGUUAUACAAAUUUCAAUCAAACAGCUUCAUCUCAAGUAGACGACUCUCCCUAGAAUAGUAUGAAUGGUACUUAGCCUUCUAAUGGGCAUAAUGCUCCUCUCUCUACAUUUAAAAAGCAUUUUAAUAAGGAUAAAUCUCCUCUUUCAAAAAUAGUUGAGUUAGAUAGUAAAUCUGUAAUCCCUUUGGAUAAUGAAAGCCAAAAAGAUAAAGAUGAAAUUCAAAAUGACAUAAUUAGUAAAUAUGGAUCAAAAAAUGAAAUAAAAUCAUAAAAAAGUUAAAAGAAAAAGUCUAUUAAUAAAGUUGAUUCAUUGAUAGAAUUCGAUGAUUAAAGUAACUUUUAAACGUUCGCAGAAAAUUUUGAUAGCUAUGAUGUACCAGUUAAAACAAAAUUGGAAUCUCAUGCAACAAAAAGAAAUGUUUCUAUUACUUAAUUGAAUGUAACAGAAAAUAAUACAAGUUAUGACCAUGCGAUUACUGCUAACUCUAAUACAAAAACAAUUGAUUAAGAUGCAACAUUCAACAAUAUAUCUCAGAGAGGUUUGCUGAAUGAUGCAGAUUUAUAACAGAAUAAAAUACUACAUUCAGUAUCUCAAAAUAAUAGUCCUAAAAAUAAAAAAUAUGUGCAAUAGCAAUCUUUGUAAAACUCAAACACACCAUUUUCUAAUUCUAAAAAUCUUCAUGAUUUUAAUGAAAAUGAUGCAAUGGCUUUUAUGAAAGGAAGUUUUGCACCUAUUGGAAUUAUGUAGAACUACAAUUCAUUUGUUAAAGCAAAAAGUGGUAGUUAGUGCGAUUCCUCUCUAGUUUAAAAAAAUUCAUCAAUUAAAGAGAAUACAUAAAAAAACCCUAUGCUUUUUAGCUUUGACAUUGUGAGCUUCUAAGACAAAGAAAUUCUUAAGAAAUAAGAUUAAAAGUCUCCUACAAAAACAUUUUAUCCUCAUCCUUUGCUAUCAAAUGCUCCUACAAAUAUGUCUUUUUUUGGAUACUCUCCUAGAUGGAAGAAUCCAUCUAUAAUUAUGUAAAAUGGGAUAAGUGGGAAUUAAAAUAAUAAGAAUGUUAAUAUAAAAGAAUUUUAAAAUGAUAUUUUUUAAAGCAACACUGAACAGAGCUAGUAAGUAAAUAUUGAAUUAUCUCAAAGUUAACAAACAAUUUAAGUUGAAGGAAGAAAUCAUGAGUUGAAGAGCUUUUCAAAUGAAAACUUAUACAGCCAUCUUCAUCUCAAAAAUAAUCAUAAAGAUAUUUCGCCUAACAAAUUCAAAACAAAUCAAACUGGCAAGCCUUAAUAAAAAUCUAUCAUUGAUAAUUUUUAAGAAAUAGAGAUUAAAUCAGAAAGUAGCUAUGGUAGCAAUAAUGAUAGUGAUAAUGAAGAUAUCAUUUAUUAGCAAUUUACACAUGAAGACAACAGUAAAAACUAUCCAUAUAAUGAGCCCUCCUACAACAAUUUAAUAUCCAAACAGUUUAACUCAUCAGCUAUUGAACCAACAGAAAAAAGUUUUAGAAAAACUGAAGAAAAUUAAGAAAUUUAUAGAAUUAACUCUCCAAAUUAAAGAAGAAAUAGUGAACACAGGACAAGUUUAAAGCAAAGAAUAAAUGGUGUAUCUCAUGAUGAUAAGGAAUCUUAGGCCAGCAAAUAAAAAAUUUUAAAUGGAAAUAUUGAAAAUUUGAAUUUACUUUCAAGUGAAAUUUAAUCUACUAAUAUUCAUACAAAAGUAGAUAAAAUACUUGAUGAAUUAUAGAAUUCAAACCAAAUUCCUACCCAUAAUAUUUAAUCAAGCUAAUACUAGGAAGAUAAUAUUAAAAAUAAAAAUGGAUUCUUUUUAUCAGAAUAAAAAUUUAUUAGAUUAAAAAAAUAAAAGAGUUUUACAAACAAAGACGCUGCAACAAUGAACGAAGAUAAUUAAAAUGAAAUAUCUAAUUUUUAAGAAAUAUAAGAUGAAUCAAACCCUAAAAAUUUAAUAUUUCAUUCAGGGGAUUAAACAAAUUAAUCGAAGAUAGCAUAAAUGAGGGGAGUUACUGUUAAUCCAUUAAUUCAAAGAUUUAAACAAACAAAUCAUACAGCAAUAGAUGAUAUUAAUAGUGCAGAAUCCCUCCAAAAAAGACUUUCUGUGUCAAGUAUGCUUCCUUCUUCAAACACAAUACUUUAAAAAUAACCAGAAUCUUUUCGUAACUUAAAUGGAAUGAAAAAAUCAAAUAACCCACAGUUUGAAAAUCAAUAAGGAUUUGCAAAAAGUUUGGUGGAUAAAAACAAAAAUGCUAAAGAAUUACUUCUAGCAAUGACUGUUUGUCAUGAUACAAAAACUAAAGGAGAUAGAUUUAAGCAAGGCUAGAGCGUAAGCCAUGUUCAUUUCGAUGAUGAUACUUAAUUUAUUUUAGAAUUUGCAAAAAGUCAUAGCUUCAGUUUUGAAUGUUCUUGCUUUAUUUAAGAUUAAAAUUACUAUAUAAUUAAAACAGAGGAAGGUUAAGAGAAAUUUUAAGUUUUAUAAAGGUUUUAGUCUUUGUCUAAUAAGAAAUUAAUUACAAUUGUAUAAAAUCAAUAAGACUAUAUUCUUUAUAUUAAAGACUAUGAAAAUUUAUUUCCAGACUAUUUAACAAAUUCUGUUUCUAAUGAAAAAAAAUAAAAACUAGAAAAUCUUAUUUCGAAAAUUGUCAAGCAGGGAGAAAAAAUUAUUUUUUACAGCAAAAUAAUAUUAACUGAAUAGCAAGUGCUAGAUUUAACUAAUGCUAUCAGAUUGGAAACUUCAUAAGAAAAAAUAUAGCUAAUUUAUAGAUAACUUAUCUAUUAAAAAGCUGAGGAACCUAGUGAGAUUUAAAUGCUUGGAUUUAUAGGUCUUUAGGAAGAAAGUGACUUACUUAUUCAUUAAAUGAUCAAAGACUUGAGAGGAUUUGGAUAAAAAAUAUGGGUUUUAACAUCAGAUACUUAGUAAAGUACCUUAGAAAGCUGUUAUAACUAUUCAGUUCUAUAAGAUAAAGGAAUGGAUGUAGUUGAUUUCUCUUCUUCUAACUUUGAUGAAUUAUUUUACAAAACAAGAAAUCAUCUUUAAAAUUUGAAAAAAUAUCUACAAAAAGAAAUGAAAUCUCAAAAUAAUAACAAUAAUAACAUGGCUAUUUCAUAAAGCGUAUUUGAUAAUAACUAAAAAGAAAAUAUUCCAACUUUAUCAAAUGUAAAAAAUGAAAUUUAAACUCCAAUAGCUCUAAAUAGUUAAAAUAACCAAAAAUUAGUUAUUGAAAGAAAAAGUACAUUUGCAGAUUUUACAAAUUCUUCUAAAAAAGGAGGCCUUGUAAGAAUGCAAAGUGAAAAGAAUAUCCCUAAGAAAACACCUUAAACACCACAAGCAAUCGAAGAAAGCACUCCUUUUAACAUAUCUGCUUCAAAUAAUGCUUAGUUUAUCAACACUCAUAAUGAUAAUAAAGAAAUAAAUUAUUAUGUUUUGAUUAGUGGUGAGAGUUUAAAUACAAUUAGAAAUAAUGCUUAUUUAUGGGAUCACUUUUGUUUAAUAGCCUUCUUUGCUAGUGGCGUAGUUGGGUAUGAAAUUACUGACGAACAAAAGUGUAUUUUAGGUCAAAUUAUUACGAAACGUUUCCAUAAAUCCUAAUCUAAUGUUGUUAAUAUUAUAUCAAGCUUAAAUGAUAUUGAGAGUUUAAAUUAUGAACAAAUUAGUGUUUACUUAAGAAGUUAAAGCGACACAAAUCCUGAAAAUUAAAACUAAAUUAUUAGUCAGCAUGCUGAUUUAAAUACCAAAGAUGCUUUAUCAUUUCUAAAUAUUUUGACAAAGGAGAGUAGAUUAUAAUCUGAGAUAGUCGAAGAAACUAUCUAUUUAGCUAUACACAGAAGUUAUUUAAUGUCUCUAGCUAUUAUUAUAUGGAAUAUAUACACUUGUGCAUGCAACUACCCUCUUUUUACUCCAUACUAGACUAUAAUUUUUCAUGGAGUCUAAUAUUUUAUCAGUUUUUUCUUUUAUCUAAUUCGAAAAAAAAGAAAAUUUAAUAAAGAUAACUAAAACGCAAACCAAGCAGGUGGAUCUCUCUAUAAUCAUUUCAUAAAUUUGAAAAGUCAAUACAGUAGAUAGUAAUUACCUAUACUAAACUUAAAGGUUAUAAUAUCCUCAAUAAUUGAUGCUGUUUUCAUUUUCAUGUAUUUUACCAUUUUAUAUAAUUUUUAGAAUGGUAUGGAAAUAGAUAUUGAAACACUAAGAUGUGUGAUUUAAUGGGGAAUAAGUAUAGCAGCUUUUUGUAGAGUUUUUGAUCUCCAUUUCAUAAGAUUUGAUAAAUUUUCAUUAGUUUAUGUUCUUCUUUUUUCAGCUAUCUUAGAAAUUCAAACAUUAAUACACAAAGGAGGAGAUGUUGGAGCAGCUCUUUUUAUGCAUACAUUUAAAAGCGGAUAUAUUCUCAAUUUUCUCUUGUUUUUAUUCUUUUGUAUCAUAAAAAAUGUAAUUGAAAGCAAUUUUAUUAGGACAGCUCCUCGUGCUAUCGUAGGUUUCAGUAAAUACUUUUUAAAUUAGCAAAAACAAUAAAAGAAAUAGAAGAAAAGGAAUAGUUUAAUUGAAUUAAAAUCCGUGAUAACUUCAAAUAAAACUAGCAAAAAGCAACUAUCAGAUAACGCAGAUUAAGAUAAUAAAAAUCAAGAAUAAACGAUCAACAAAUAAGGACAAAUUAGUCCAGAAUAAAAAGAUAACAAGACUCUAUAUAUAGGAAAUACUAAUAUCAUUAAUAUUCAAAAAAGUGAGUUUACAAGUAUGAAUUCUCUUUCUACACCUCCUGCUUUUUCAUUAAGCAAUUUAAAAAGCUUAAACAUAAAAAUUAACCCAGCACAAGUUAUAAGAAGCAUAUUCAAGGAUAAAGAGAUGGAUAUAAUUCUAUCUUAGAUGCUUAUGUAAGAAGAAAUAAACAUUACAUCUACCCAAAUGCAAAAAUUUACACUAAGAUUCUAAUUCAGAGAAAUAGAAAGGCUAUUCAUAAAAGGUUGGGAACUGUUAAUACCUAACUCUAAUCGUAUAUUUUAUGUAAUUAAUUUCGUUGCUUUUGAUAUUGCUUAUGAUGUUCUAGUUCUCAGCAAAGUCACAAAUGAAUUCUCUUCUGCAGAUGGAGGUUACAUUAUUACAUAUGCGAUUACAGCUUCUACUAUUUUUAUCUUUACAGCUCUCUCUUUGACUAAAUAUUAUCAGAAAAAAAAUAUUCUCAUCUUCUCAUCAACAUUAGUCAUAGUCAGAUCAAUAAAGUUUAUUUUAUUAGGUAUCUUUAAGCAAAUUAUUAUAUACCCUACUGAAUUAAUCAUGCAUACUGCAGUUGCAUCUUCUUGCUUAAGAUUUUCACACCACAAUGUUCUAAUUUAAGGACUAAUUCUAUUUUUUUCAUUCAUUGUUUUGACUGAGACUAAUAUCAAGAAGUGGAAUCUUUAAAGAUUUUUAGAUGAAAUAGGAUAUGUAUAUGAAGGAAGUUAGGGAUAAUAAGACUCUAUAUACAUAGUUAGAAUAUGCUUCUAUAUUUCCUUUUUUAUAAUACUUGCUUAAUUUGUAGCUACAAAAUAUAAUAUGAUUUUUACAAUAAGAACAAACUAUUUAUCAGAGCAUAACUUAUUUAAGGCAACGCUUAAAGUUAAGGAUAUACUUUCUAUACUUCUUCCUAAAUUUAUUCGUGAAAAAAUAGAAACCAUGAAGCAAGGACAAUAUAGAGUUGCUGAAAAAUAGGAUGAAGUUAUAAUAGUAUUCUGCGACAUAUGCAAUUUCGAUGAUAUAAUUUUUAACGAAAAAAUAAAUACAGUUAAAAUCCUUGAUAAGCUUUAUCGUUAAUUCGAUUUGGCUUGCUAAUAAAAUGGUCUUUAAAAGAUAGAAACAGUGGGAAAAACGUAUUUAGCAGCUGCAGGGAUAAGCGAUGUAGAAAAAUUAUUAAAGGCUGAAGGUAGACUUCAAGAUGUAUCACCAGCAAAAAGAGCUUUAUAAUUUGCUUUUGAUCUGUAAAGGAUUGUGAAGAGUAAGUAAUUGUACCUAGCUUCUAAUAAAAAGAUAAUAAUUAAAGUUGGAAUUCAUCUAGGUCCUGCCAUCUCAGGUGUUAUAGGAUAUCAUAAGCCAUAGUUUUCUUUAAUAGGUGAUACAGUUAACACGACAAGUAGAGUUUGCUCUACAGGUCUUUCAGAUCAUAUCAUUAUUUCUAAAGAAGUUUAUGAUAAAGUCUAUUAAUUAAGCUAGUAUAAAUUUCAACAAAGAGAUGUUGAAGCAAAAGGUAAAGGAAUUAUGGUCACAUUUUAAGUAUUUGACAAAAGACACAUAAGGAACAAUGCGGCGAAAAAGCAAACCUUAAAUUUCUUGGAUGAUACGGCCAUAAUAAAUAAUUAAAAUACAAAUCCUACACUAACUUCAAACUUAUCAUCUGUAUUUUAAAUAGGAUCAGGUAUUCAUAAUUUCCUAUCUAGCCAUAACUAGAUCCACUAGCUAACCCUAGAAAACAGUAGUGAAAAAAAUACAUAAGAGCAAAGCAAUUAAAUUAAAAAAAAUAAUAGCAAUAAAUUCAUUCCAUUGAAGUCAAUUCCAGAAAGCCCAAAUAAUUAUUCGAAUGCAUCUUAAAUAUAAAUUAAAGAUUAAAAAAUGAGUUUGGUUAAUGGCGAGGAUACUAAUUGCUCUAUAAAAUAAAUCUUAGUAUAGCCUCUUUCAGAUUAGUUAAUAUAAAAAUCAACACCUUCAAAUAUAAAUUUAAGAAUCAAAAAUACUUCUUUUGGAGGUGCUUUGGAAGAUUUAAAUUAAAAGCAAAAAGCUGGUGGCUCAAAUUAAGAAAUAGGUUAAAGAAGAAGAAUGCUUAAAAAAUCUAGCUCAAUGACCGUAGUAAAUCUAAAGCCUCGCUUCAAAAAUGACUCACAAUAAAGUAAUUAAAAUAAAAUUGUUGGAAGCAGAGAGGAAAAUAUAGAUGAGUAGUCUUCACCCCUUGCUCCAAGUAGAAACGAAUUCAUAAGGCAAAUUGAAAAAGACCUACUGUAAAGAAUUGAAUUAGAGCCAGUGUAAAUAUAGAUGAAGGAGUUAACCUUGCCCUUAGAAAAAAUAAAAAUGCAUAUUAAUCACUAAGAUCAUGGUGGAGAUAAAAGUCUAGCCAGCUCAAGAGAUGAAGUAGGAAGUUCACAUUCUUCACACUUAAGGUUAGGAAUAUGCUCCACAAACAGUAAGUCCACAGCUGAAUAAAAGUAACUUCAUACAGAAUUCCUCAAACAAAUAAUGAAAUAGUAAAUACCAACCAUAAUAGCAUGGAUGUGUAUUAUAUCUCUAUACUAUUUAAUUAAGGCAGGUAGUGUAAUUUAUUUUAUCAAUAACAAAGGACAACUACAAUUAUCUCAAGAGAUUUAGCUUAAUCUCACUAUAUAUUUAGUAUUAAUGCUCCUUUUGUAUUUACCUCUUGCCUGUGCUUUUAGAAAGCUUCAUAAUUAUCUAUCUUGGAAGAAUAUGCGUAUUUUCAUCUACACAUUUUACUUUUUAUCUUUAGCUUUUUAGCUAAUUCAUAAUCUGUUUCUUGAUGACUAUCUAAAUGAAGUAACAAAAUACAAUCUUGAUAUGAUAAGCAAUUCGUAUAGAGCUACUGUCAAUUCAGUAACGGCUGUUAUCUUACCAAGCACAUUAAUAUAUGCUAUGGAGCUAUAGUUUAUCUUUAUCUUUUUCACAACAUUUAAAUCAUUAUACUUUAUGGAAAAAGUUGGAGCUAUGAUUGCAUAAGUGGUUACUUGCUUUCUUUAUAUUACUUUUAAAAAUAGAUUUGAUGUUCUAAUCAUCUUUUUCGUUGUUUUGGUUGGUAUUAUACACCUAAGAAUUUAGUACAAUCAUAUGUAAAACGAGGUACGCAAUUUCAAUAACCUAAAAACUCUUGAAUCUAAAAAAGAUGAAUUAGAUUCGCUUCUCAAAAAUCUGCUGCCAGCUCAUAUUUUAGACACAUUUUUAAAUUCUAUGAAAAAAGAAAUUCCUUUAAUUUGUGAAGAGCUUCAUGAUGUUACUUUGCUGUUUGCAGAUAUAGCAGGAUUUACAAAAUAUUCAAGUACAACAGAUCCAAUUGUUGUUGUGAAUAUGCUACGUAGGCUUUUUACAGAUUUUGAUGAUCAUUGCUUAAAUUAAAAUGUCUAUAAGCUUUAUACAAUCGGUGAUUGUUAUGUUUGCUUUGGAUUAACAAACAAAAAUGAAAGAAAUCCUGCUUAAGAAGCACAUAAUGUAGUUAGAUUUGCUUUUGACAUGAUAAGAAUAAUAGAAAAUGUUCGUUAAUAUACAGAUUGUAAUUUACAAAUGAGAAUAGGAGUCCACACAGGAAAAUUAUAUGGAGGAAUAGUUGGAACUGAGAUUGUGAGAUAUGAUAUAUAUGGCUAAGAUGUAAUAAUAGCAAAUAAAAUGGAGUCAAAUGGUGAAAGUGGCCACGUUAUGGUUAGUGAAACAACAAAAAAGCUACUUGAAGAUAAUUUUCCUAAUGAAUUCCUAUUUGAUUUUAAAGAGCAUGUCCAUAUCAAAUAAACAAAUAAAGAUAUUGAUGGCUUUUUAAUAAGAUUUAAUUAAAACACUUCAGUUUACUAUGAUAACUCUCCUGAAAACUGA